UCAAAAAACAAACAAACCCACAAACGCAUGCAUGUCUUCCUUUGUGGUUGCUUCCCUCGGGAUGUUCCCCUUGUCGUGCCUUACUUUUGUUUGGGGUUUUGAUGGAUGCGAGUACUGGCGAGUGAGGGCCGCCCCGUGCAGCCUGUGAGCCAAUCGGGACGGGCCUCUGACGGGCAACUGGGAACAGUUCAGGGGGAGAUGGCGCCCAGCUCGAAAUCUGAAAAGGACGACAGCAAACAGAAAAGCCAAAGAAAACACAAAGACCAUGUCGUGAAGCUUCUUAUGCGCGGAAAGCUGUCAGGGCAGUUUUCUCAGCGCCUGUUCAGGAAGCUGCCACCUCGAGUGUGUGUACCAUUGAAGAACAUCGUAAGCGAGGAGUUCCUCAGAGCAGGGCACAUCUUUCUUGGCUUCACCAAAUGUGGACGCUACGUUCUGUCUUACACCAGUGAUUGUGGAGAAGAUGAUGAUUUCUCUUUCUAUACUUAUCAUCUUUAUUGGUGGGAGUUUAACCUGCACAGCAGACUCAAGCAGGUCCAUCAUGUGCGACUGUUUGCAGGAGAGGAAAUCUACAGUGACCUGUACCUUACAGUAUGUGAGUGGCCAAAUGAUCACUCCAAAAUUGUCAUCUUCGGCUUCAAUACACGCAGCUCCAACUCAGUCCUGAUGAAUCUAAUGAUGAGUGAUGAGAACAAUAGAGACAUCUACAUCACCAUCGCCUCCAUGCCACCUCCUAAACCUUGUGCUCAGUGCUGUCCUGUUCCUUCAGUCACUACUAUACGCACAGGAAGUGGUGAGUGUCUUGAACACGGAUAUGUGCUCAACAGCAGGUACCAGGUGGUAUAUCCGUUCCCCACUUUUCAGCCAGCUUUCCAGCUUAAGAAGGACCAGGUCAUUCUGUUAAACACUAGCUACUCUCUUGUAGCCUGUGGCAUCUCACUCUGCCCAGGUAAGACACGCACAAAUAGUAAAAUUGCCACAUCUUCCUCACUACCUCAAGAAUCUCCUGAACAUCGACUUCCACCUAGCAGACCCACUCCAGUCCCCUCAUCUCCUAGCCAUUCACAAGCAGCGAUGCGAGCCCGGGAGUUUGCUGCUGACCUUUUCAGGCGAGCCCAGGGAGGAGGGAAAGAUGGUGAAGGCCAGGGGGAGAGGAGAACGUCUGAUGGUGGUGUAAAAGAGGCAGUACAGUCAACUGGAGACAAAGGGACCAUUGCAGAGACUGUGAGAGAGGAGGGUGGUUGUAAAGGGUUGAGCGUAGAAGAGAGAAGGACUAAUUUACUACAACCAUUAACCUCAGGUGUUAGCCAUAGUCUGCCACAGGUAUCGGAACAAGUGAUGUCUCCCGCCUCUUCUUCCUCAUCACCGUCAGCCACUCCAACUAUGUCUUCAUGCCAGGAAGCCAGCCCCAGUGAGCCUGGAUAUGUAAACUACUCACGCCUACACUACCGCUUACAACAGCCAGGGGCAGCAGAGCAGAAUGCUGGAGGUUAUGAAGAUGAUAAAGUCCAGCUGCCUUUCACAGUCACAGACCUGAAAGGACGUAACCUCCAGCUGGUUACAGGGCCACACAAUGGACAGAGUGUUUGUGUUGAGCAGCUGACUCUGGAUUUUGAAUAUCUAAUCAAUGAGGUGAUCAGGAGUGAUGCUGCCUGGGCCACACAGUUCUGCUCCUUUAGUGACUAUGAUGUUGUGAUAUUAGAGGUGUGUCCAGACAGCAACAUUGUGAUGAUCAACAUUGGUCUGCUGUUACUAGCAUUCUCCAACUCUGACGAGGAGCACUGCAGGCCAAACACAUACCAUUCCAACCUGCAGGUUAGCUGGGACCUCAACACGGGUGUAUGUCGCACUGUGGGUGUUGGCGACCUCACAGAAGUCAAGGGUCAGACAAGCGGGACCGUCUGGAGUUCGUACAGGAAGUCCUGUGUGAACACGGUGAUGAAGUGGCUUGUCCCCGAGAGCAGCUCCCGUUACAUCAACCGCAUGACCAAUGAAGCUCUCCACAAGGGCUCAUCUCUGCAAGUGUUGGCAGAUAGUGACCGGUGUACCUGGAUUGUAUUGUGAAGGAAGAAGCGAUCCACAUGUGUCCAAACAACAUAAAGAAAAGUACACGUUGACAUGAGCUCACCUGCAGUAUCGACCUUAAUCGGAGGUUCCGUUUGUAGCAUGUGUUGCUAAAGCCGAACAAAGAACCAGAUGAAGUACUGUAAAGGUUUUUGUGUGUUUUUUGCAAUUGUGUACUGAAUUGUUGUAACAACCAAAACCAAGAGCUGGACUGAACAAAGACUUCAUUUUUACUUUUGUUUUUAUACAUUAAGGCAGUUUUAUUGUCAGUGAGUGUGAGUAACUGAAUGUAUGUGAUAUCUGUACAAGGUGGGUGUAUGAGAAAUUUAACAGAUUUUGCUGCUUCUGAACUCAUUUCUCAUCCAGUGUGGACCAGCUCUGUCCAGCUGUGUGUAAGGCUGCAGUAUUUGAAAUUUGAAAAACUCUACUGCUUCACUUGAUUUCUGUUUUUGUUUUUUUAAAACCCUCGUCAGUGGAACCAGGAGUCACCUGCUUAGCUGGCUGCUGUCGUGCUGUAUGAGUGACAGCAUGGAAUACAGACUGUAUUCUGCUGGGAUCUUUUGUUUAAAUAAAAUGUUCAAAAGCGU